AUGAAAUUGCUGGCAAUUGGAUUCGUUUCGGAUGAAUCUGCUGGAAGAUUCAGUCAUUGGUUUGCCCGACAUCAGAUGGGCGAUAUCUUAUUCGGAUCCGACGUUGAUGCUUGCCGCAAGUUCUACCAAGAGCCUCUACGAUCUGCUCAGGACUUGACUCACUUCUUCAUCAGAAGUCUGAACCGGGGCGCGGUACGGCAGUUAUGCAUGGGAUUGAUAAACGGAGAGAUAACUGAUGGAAUGCUUGCUGCCAUCGAAAACGAUGAGGAUAUCGAGAGCCCCAAUAAUUUAUUUAUAUUGGGUGCACCGUAUGAGCAGCAGCUGGAGGAGAUGCUAUCGCCCGCAAACGCCAUCACUUACGGACUGUCCCCGUCGGAAGUUGCCGUCGAAUAUGACGCCCGUCUCUCAACACUCGAUAAAGUCCUGGUGUUGCUGAGCAUGACGACAUCAAACAGCUUGGCCAUCGUCCCAUCUUUGAAGAAUUACUUUGCAAGCGAAGGAAUGAUUGUUCUGAACAGUAGACCGACACUGAUGGAGGAUAAUGCCGAUGAUGAGGACGUCGAUUAUUCUCAUCGGAGCGCGCGCGCACUGAGGAUUGUCGGAGUUCUGGCCCGGUUCAAUAUAAUAGCAAAUGACGCGGCAACGAGAGGUUACGGGAUCGGGCCCGGAAUCGAGAAGAAUCCCGCAGAUGUGCUU